GGCAGGCUCAGUCUUUCGCCUCAGACGCGAGCGGUAGCUGGCAGUCAGUCGUUCGCGCUCCGGCAUCUCCAUUAUCCGUGGCGGCCAUCAACGUCUCUCGGAUCCCCCUUGCCUCAUCUGCACUACUCGUCCCCACACCCUCCGCGGUCGUAACCCGCCAUCAUGGUGAAGCUUGCAAAGGCCGGUAAAAAUCAAGGUGACCCCAAGAAAAUGGCUCCUCCCCCGAAGGAGGUAGAAGAAGAUAGUGAAGAUGAAGAAAUGUCAGAAGAUGAAGAAGAUGAAAGCAGUGGAGAAGAGGUUGUCAUUCCGCAGAAGAAAGGCAAGAAGGCUACACCUCCAGCAAAGAAGGUUGUUGCCCAAACAAAAAAGGCUGCAGUGGCCACACCUGCCAAGAAAGUAGCUGUUACUCCAGGCAAAAAGGCGGCAGCCACCCCAGCCAAGAAGACCGCUACACCAGCGAAAGCAGUUGCAGUGUCUGGCAAGAAGGGAGCCACACAGGGGAAAGUAGUGGUAGCAACUCCUGGUAAAAAGGGUGCUGUCACUCCUGCCAAGGGAGCAAAAAAUGGUAAAAACGCCAAAAAGGAAGACAGUGAAGAGGAGGAGGAAGAUGAUGAGGAAGAGGAGGAUGAUGAGGAAGAGGACGACAGUGAUGAGGAAGAGGAGGAGGAUGAAGAAGAGGAUGAAGUUGAGCCAGUAGUGAUGAAAACAGCUGCUGCUGCUGCCUCAGAGGAUGAGGAGGAUGAAGAGGAGGAGGAUGAAGAGGAGGAGGAGGAGGAUGAUUCUGAGGAAGAAGCUAUGGAUACUGUACCAGCUAAAGGAAAGAAAGCACCUGCAAAAGCUGCUCCUGUAAAAGCCAAGAGUGUGGCUAAGGAAGAAGAUGAAGAAGAGGAUGAAGAUGAUGAUGAUGACGAGGAUGAAGAGGAAGACGAUGAUGAGGAAGAAGAGGAAGAUGAAGAUGAGGAAGAAGAGGAAGAAGAGCCUGUUAAAGAAGCACCUGGCAAAAGAAAGAAGGAAAUGAGCAAACAGAAGGAAGUUCCUGAAGCCAAGAAACAGAAAGUGGAAGGCUCAGAACCAACCACACCUUUUAAUCUGUUUAUUGGAAACCUGAAUCCAAACAAAUCUGUUCCAGACCUAAAAGCUGCCAUCAGUGAACUUUUUGCUAAAAAUGAUCUUACUGUUGUGGAUGUCAGAACUGGUACAAACAGGAAAUUCGGUUAUGUGGAUUUUGAAUCUGCUGAAGACCUAGAAAAAGCAUUGGAACUCACUGGCUUAAAAGUCUUUGGCAAUGAAAUUAAACUAGAGAAACCCAAAGGAAGAGACAGUAAGAAAGUUCGUGCAGCAAGAACACUUUUGGCCAAAAAUCUCUCCUUCAACGUUACUCAGGAUGAUUUGAAAGAAGUGUUUGAAAAUGCCAUGGAAAUCAGAGUAGUCAGCCAUGAUGGGAAAAGUAAAGGAAUUGCUUAUAUUGAAUUUAAGACAGAAGCUGAUGCAGAGAAAGCCUUUGAAGAAAAGCAGGGGGCAGAAGUCGAUGGACGAAACAUUGCCCUGCAUUAUACUGGAGAAAAAGGACAGAGGCAAGAAUUCAAAGGUGAAUCAAAAACUCUGGUUUUAAGCAACCUCUCCUACAGUGCAACAGAAGAAACUCUUCAGGAAGUAUUUGAGAAGGCAACUUUUAUCAAAGUGCCUCAGAACCCAAAUGGCAAACCUAAAGGGUAUGCAUUCAUAGAGUUUGCUUCAUUUGAAGAUGCUAAAGAAGCUUUAAACUCAUGCAAUAAAAGGGAAAUUGAGGGCAGAGCUAUCAGGCUGGAGUUGCAAGGACCCAGGGGAUCACCUAAUGCCAGAGGACAUGCAUCCAAAACUCUGUUUGUCAAAGGUCUGUCUGAGGAAACCACUGAAGAGACCUUAAAGGAAUCAUUUGAGGGUUCUAUUCGUGCAAGAAUAGUAACUGACCGGGAAACGGGGUCCUCCAAGGGGUUUGGUUUUGUAGACUUCUACAGUGAAGAAGCCGCCAAGGAGGUCAUGGACGCCAUGGAAGAUUGUGAAAUUGAUGGAAACAAAGUUACUUUGGACUGGGCCAAGCCCAAGGGUGAAAGUGGCUUCGGGGGUCGAGGUGGAGGCAGAGGAGGCUUUGGAGGACGAGGCAGAGGAGGCCGAGGCGGAUUUGGCCGAGGUGGCCGGGGCGGUUUUGGAGGCCGGGGAGGCUUCCGAGGAGGCAGGGGAGGAGGAGGAGGAGGUGGAGACUUCAAACCACAAGGAAAGAAGACGAAGUUUGAGUAGUUCCUUCUGUUCCUGUGUUUCCCUCUUCCAUUUGAAAGAAAGGACUCUGAGGUUUUUACUCUGUUACCUGUUUAAUGACAGAGCCUUCUGAGGACAUUCCAAGACAGUGUGCAGCCUGUGGUCUACUUGGAAUCCAUAGAGAUUACAUUUCAAGAGAGAUACCCUGUUGGUUUUGACUGGAUAUUCAUAUAAACUUUUUAAAGAGAUGAGUGAUAGAGCUAACCCUUAUCUGUAAGUUUUGAAUUUAUAUUGUUUCAUCCCAUGUACAAAACCAUUUUUUUCCUACAAAUAGUUUUUUUUUUGUGUGUGUUGGGGUUGUAAAAGAAAGAAUGUUUUAUCAUGA